AUGGACGGAUCAACUCCGCUGCACAUCAUUUGUCAGCAACGUUACGACAUUUACACGGCCCGAUUCUUUUUCAAGAUCAGCGACGAUGGAGGUCAGACGUUGCGAGUCAACGCCGUGAACGACUUGGGUCAGACACCGCUACACUUGGCUGUUGAAUACAACAUCAGAAGCUUGACCAAAGUGUUGCUGAGAAUAGGUGCCAAUCCGAACUUGGCCGACGGAGACGGAUCGACUCCUCUGCACGCGAUUUGCAAAAAAGGCUGGGACGAUCAAUCGGCGACAUUCUGGAAGAUGUUCCUCAGGAUCAACGAUGCGAUUCAGCAGACGCUACAGGUUGACCGCCGAGACAAGUGGGGUAUGACGCCCCUUCAGUGGGCCGUGGCGUACAUCUCGCCGAACACCGUUGACAUUCUCCUCGAUCGUGGCGACGAUCUGUCCAACUUCGUUUUUCCAACCGAGAUUUACUUCGCUGCGAAAUGGGACACCGGGGAAAGUAAUUUGAAUGUAGGAACGUCUGGCGUCUUGGCCGUCGUUGAACAUCUCGAGAAAAGAGGAUACGAAUUGGGUCGAAGCGAUGCCCUUACAAUAAUGAAAGUAUUCUACAAGGACGGAUCGUUAAAUAUUUUGAUAAAUUUCGAAGCUAUGCGCGAAGAGGCCAUGCAAAAAAACUAA